CGGAAUUGCUACUUAUUCUUGACAUCUACCAUCUUGCAAGACAUUUUCUUUAGGAAUAAAAAAAGCUCUCGCGAACCUUUCACCCGCCGUCUCCAACUCAUCUACCCUACCCUCCGACUCUGCACCUUUCACCUCACAAUGGCAGGCAAAUUCGAGCCCAAGACACCCGUCCAGCUUGCCCCACCAAAGACCGAUAUCAUAUCCUCCAGUUUCCUCAAGCAAUGCAAUGGAACCGACAGUGAGCUUUGCUACGUCGCAAUCAAGGGCCAAGUCUUCGAUGUAACAGGCAACAAAGCCUACCUCCCCGGCGGAUCUUACCAUGUCUUCGCAGGCCACGACGCAUCGAGAGCCCUAGCCUUAACGAGCACGAAAGCAGAAGAUGUACGUGCAGAUUGGUCUGAUCUAGGAGACAAGGAGAAGGGUGUUUUGAAUGAUUGGUACACGUUCUUUUCGAAGCGGUAUAAUAUCGUGGGUGUUGUGGAGGGGGCUGCGAAUCUGUGAUGGAGUGGACAAGUGGGAGAAAAGGAUACAUUGAUCAUGGUUUGGCCUAAUGAUUAGAGACGGAUAAUAGAUACCAUGAGCAUGAAGGACUGGAGUUAUGCUUUUUCUUGCUCGAUCUUUUCCCCGUCUUUCUCUGCAUAAGGUUGCCUUGAAAAAUGCUAGCGUUAGACACUAUCUCUAUUUAAAGGAGUCUUAUUUCUUGGUG